AUGGAGCGCGCCCUCUCACACUCCCUGGCCAGCUGCAGCAGCAGCAGCCUCUGUCGUCCGCCCACCAGCCAGCGGCCGCGCCUGCUGGCGCCUGUGGGCGGGCUGGUGCGGGCACCCAUUCGGGUCCAGGCGGUGGCCGGCCUGAGCCGCGGCACGGCCGACCUGUUGGGUAACCACAGCCUGAACGCACCCAGCGAGGAGGAGCUCAACUCACCGGUGUCUCUGGUCCACUCUCCAGAGGAGUUUCAGGCCCUGAUGGCAGCCAACAAGGACAAGAUGGUGGUCCUCAUGUGCAAGGCCACACACUGCCGCCCUUGCAAGCUGUUUGCCCGUAAGUACGCCGCCGCCGCCGCCCAGUACUCUGACGCGCUGUUCACCGAGAUCUACGGUGACGAGACCAAGGCGACGCGGCAGAUGAUGAUCGACAUGAAGGUGCGGGUGACCCCCACCUUUGCCAUCUUCCGCGGCGGCGAGAAGGUGCACAGCCACGGCGGCAUCAACGAGACCAACCUGCACAGGUACAUCUCCAAGUACCUCCAGGAAGGCGAGGCGGGCUUCGGGACCUUCACCGAGGCGCAGCUGGGAGAGCCGGCCCAGGCCUAG